CGAACUGCCAUUCACCCAUUCACCACGCGCGCAUGACAAGUUUUGGUUUUCACUUUCAAACUUCCCGUAUCCCAUAGCAACGGUGUAAACUGAAAUGGUUGAGCACUCAUGAGUUCCGUGUAAUUACUACGCCAAUCGCGGGAAAGCGCAGCUUUACAACGAAACAAAAAGCGAAAAUUUCGUAUCGAUUCGUCGAGGUCGUGGUGUUUCGCACGGGUGGGCUUUUCUGAACUUUUGGCAGGGAUGAAUGAGCAUACGUCGCUGUACGAGUACUGGAGAAGCCUCCUCAUGGAAGAACAGCACAAUGAAGAGAGAAAUAACAGGUUGAUGCGCAAGUUGGACGAGAUAGAACAGCGCACAAGCAUGCUCAACGAACGUUCCGAACGACUCAAGCAGCUAAGGGAAAACCUAUCUGAUUUGAUAAGGCAGAGAUACCUGUCAGAAGAUGAAGUAGGUCCUGGUGGAAAUUUUUUCUCAAAAAGCCAAGACUACAGCCCUCCCGAAUACAUUCCCGACCCCAUCCUCCUGGGCCUGUCCACACCCCCGUGGGUUGGGUACGACCCAACGAAACCCCUCCUUCCCCCGAAGCAAGACAGCAUACCAAAAUGGACCAGCCCUACGCCUCCACCUACAGUACCCACGGCUCCACCUAUGGGAAGCAGUCCGGACUCGCCACCGCGUCCCACGUCGAACGACAAGGUGGUUCCUACUUUGAGGGAAGAGGAAAAAAGUGCGGCGAAACAGAAAGUGACUUGGAUGAACCAGUUUCCGGGCGCGGGAGCAGAUUUCUCUCUCUUUGAGCCGUCCAUUUCGUGGCUUCCAGACGGCGGCGAGUUUUACCGUACCACCAGUGCACUGGAAAGCAGACAAGCGAUGGCUCGACCAAUGUACUGCCGCGAGGAAACAAAGUCUGUAGUUCCACCACCACCUCCCUCAGUUAUGAGUCAGUACUCCUACUACGUCCCUAACAACAUGGCUCUCGCAGCACAGACCCAAGAAGUCGUCUCGACUUCGACCACUAUUCCCGACCUGAAUACCAUGCAAAUCACCCACACGACCGACGUCCUCUUGAGCGACGAUACGAGACAGGACGUCGGGCAAGAUGCGAGCGAAAAAUUAAAAGGCGGGAAGACGAAGCCGCAAGACACUACGAGAAAAGAACCGAAGAAGGUCGCUGGGGGCACGAAACAAAUAGCUGGGGGCAGAGGAAAAAGUAACCAGCAGAGCUGGAGCGAGUCGUCGAAGGAAGCUAAAAAGACGGAAAGUCGAGAACCUCCCGUGAGGCCGCCAAGGAAUCCUCACAGACGCAGAGCACCUACGGAACCUCUCAGACAGGAAGCGAAGAAAGCAGACCCGCGGGAUACAAAGCCCAAAGCUAGUAUAAAAGUGGGCACAGGACAGCAGGAUUCGUCGAAGAAGGAGACCUCCGAAGAAGACAGCUCGGAACGUUCGAAAACUACUUUUAAGGAAAGUAGCUACAGGCAGGAACUUUACGAACAGAAGCAGCAGCUUGACAAGGAGGAGCGAGAAACCGAGAAAAGUGAAGCGGAUAAUGCUGUUCCAAAAGCCGUCACUUGGAGGAACGAUGAGACGCCUCGCGAACCUCAAGGCCCCGAUGUCCCGCGGAAGGAUACUUCCGGCUCUACGAAAAAAGAUGGGGAUCGAGAAAGGGGGGACAAGACGAUGGAUGCAGAUUCCUCGCGCUUUCAGAAGGAUACCGUGCAUUCCGAACGUUCGCAGGACAGUGGCGAUAAGCACGGAGACCAAACAUCUAGGAGUAGUAAGCCAAGAGAGAUCGGUAGAACCCCCACUAAAAAGCAGCGUAGUUGCACUUCGAGCUCGUCCAGCAGUUCAACAUCUAGCAGCUCUUCCUCGUCAUCGUCCAGCAAAGACAGCAUUCGCAGGGAAGCAGCUGCUCUUUCAGAUACGAAGGCCAACCUGUCUGAGGACAACAGCGAAGACAGCUUUUUCGACAAAGAAGUAGCAAUAAAAGACACACCAGCUUAUCACAUGCUCCUGGGUCAGACACCAGUGGCCACAAAAGAACAGACACCAGCGUCCGAACAUCCCUCCGAGAGCAGCAACGAGAUAGAAAAUGAGCUGGUGGUUGCCGUCAUGUCGACGCAGUCUUCUAAGCAAAAAGCAAAGGAUCCUGACAAAACAUCCGACCAUGGAAGCAAUGCUAGCACGCCCCCUGAAUAUGACGUGGCUUCUGUUAACGUGCAUAACAUAAUUUCAGCGAGGGUACGACAGAAGGUUCCGUCCCUGCUUUCACGAAAAGUUUUAGGCUUGGACAUGUAUUCAGCACCGGCACUACCGAGAAAGAAAAGCGAUGACGACGACAGCUUCUUCGACUGACCAACAUUUCCGGAUCAAGCGGGCCUUUGAGAAUACGCAUACUCAAGAUGGGAAAAACUGUGUUAGAGAGCGCCUGACUUGCAUGCAGCCUUGCAAGAAUUUUAUCAACCCUUCCACUGCUUUGUGAAACUAUUUAUUUAUUUUCUACAAAGUGCACGUAUACCACUCAUACUUUUGCACCAUUUCAAAUCUGAAACCUGUAAAUAUCUUGACAAUGACCUCAUGUCUUUAUUUUUUCUUUUUUUGUUAUCUGAGGAACUUCACCUAGAUUAUGUAAUGGAAGAAUAAAAAUAUGCAACCC